AAUAUUGGUGACGCCUUGCAACCGGUUCUAGUGAUAAAAAAUAACAGCGUUUGUUUUAUUUAUAGCAAAUUUCAAGAAAAAGUGCCUUUAGAGGAUCGAAAUUUUAAGACUUUUACUUGAUUUUGUUCAAGUAUAAAAAAGAAAGAUUUUCUUUUUGAUUCUUGUCAGGUCAUCAAAACAAAUAAAGUGAAAAUGGGUAAAAAUUCAGAAGAGAUUGCGGAUAUGCACGGUAUGAAAAAUCGUAAAUUCAAGAUGGUUGGUUCAUAUAUGAAACGCACUGACAAUCACUUGGACAGUGAACUCAAAGAUUUGUCGAGGGAGCUAAAACAGAAAUUAGGUAAAUUAGAUGGAGAGGCUGAUCAAGUCAGAAUGAAAGCUGAGCAAUUAAUAGAUGAGCAAGAAAAUGUUGUAUUAAGUCGAAGAUCUAGUACAGAUGACGUAAGACUGUCUGCACAGAGGAGAGUGAGUAUCACUGGUAAUGAUGUAUUUUUAACGCCACUACCUAAAAGUAAAGGCAGAAGGGCUAGUGUUGCUGUUGUUUCGACUACAAUUCCUAAGCCACCUGUCCGAAGAGGUUCAAUAGCAGAACCAAUCAAAGAUUAUAAAAGUAGAGGAAGAAGACAAUCAGCUCCUGCUAUACAUCUUCCAAAAAAGGGUCAAGAUCUUUCUUCAAGUUCCGCAAAUUUAAUCUCAAGACGGACAUCAGUCGCUAGCUCUUUAGUUGAAGAAGAAGAAGAACCCGAACCCGAACCUCUUGAUAGUCUAAAGCAAUGCCGAUAUCUAAGGAUUCCAGGUCAUGUUGAAAGAGAAUUAAGUAUUGAUGAAGUUUUUGCCGAUGAUUGAUGAUAAACAAGCACUUCAGAUCACUUUUUGCUUUUGAUUAUAAGCUGAAGAGUUACAUUUUCUUUUUUUUUCUUUUAAAAAAAUAAACGAUAGGGAAAAAAAAUUACAGCAUUCUUGGAUAAAUACAG